CAAUGGUACGACGAAUUUCUCGACUGGGAUCCGCGAGAAUAUGGAAUGCUCAACAAGACUAUAGUGCCUUUUGACCAAUUAUGGAUACCAGAUACAUACCUCUACAAUAGUGAGACGUUAGAGCAAAAGAAGACGGAGGCAAUGAGUCACGCAAUAAUUGAGACGGGAUUUUGGGCAAAUGACAGCCUUGGUGCCAGGGUUCAGCUGAUGUUUCCAGCUAUCUACAAGCUUUCAUGUGCCAUGAAUGUACAAUGGUUCCCCUACGAUUCUCAAAAUUGUACAUUUAUAAUCUCAAGUUGGACCCAUGACAAAGCAUCUAUCGACUAUUGGCCUACGUCCCAAUUGGUGAACCUGAAGAAUAUGGCUCGUAACGACGAAUGGGAAGUAUUGGGUUUCGAAUUUGAACGAGUUGAGCAAUAUUUCAAAUGCUGUGUUAAUCCAUGGGUAUUACUUUAUGCUCACCUAAUUAUUCGGAGGAAACCACUCUACUAUGUGAUAAAUCUGGUAAUCCCAACUUCUAUAAUCACAAUUGUCGCUAUUACGGGAUUCUUCACUCCUACCUCAACAUCCAGUGAAAGGGAUGAGAAAUUAUACCUCGGCAUCAAUACACUUCUGACCAUGUCGAUUAUGAUGUUAAUGGUGUGCAAUCAGAUGCCAUCUACGUCCACUUACGUCCCUUUAAUGAGUUGGUACUAUAUGACCAUCAUUAUGGUCAUUGUUCUCGGUACUUUGAUGGCUACAAUUGUACUUGCAAUUCAUGGUCGAAAACACCACAAUCGUCCACUUUCACGAUGGGUACGGGAACUAGUAAAUAAUCAUAUUGUGGAAACUUAUAUUCUUGGCCCACCUGCUGCAUUGGUUGAGCUGUGGCAUGAAUUUGGCGUAAUUGAGGAAAGACGGCUAUCAAUGUCAAAGUUAGAUCCGUUGCUGAUCCAGCAGUUGGAUCCUGUUUCGCUGUGCUUAACAAAGAAACAAAGUAAACUUAAUAGUAAACCAUAA